AUGGUAGCUGAAAAGGAGAACGAUAUCACCGUGGAUAACAACCUACCCGAUGACAGCUCAGGCAUCCAAAUCGGGAAACAGAAGCGAACUAACGCAGCUUUUCAAGAGGCAGCGGAGAUCUAUGGAGUUGCAAUUGCCCAAGAGCUCGGAUAUGUUCAAAGAGGUCUCAAAUCCCGCCACCUCCAGUUCAUUGCACUAGGAGGAACAAUCGGAACUGGUCUAUUUCUCGGUAUCGGCGGAGCCUUCCUGAAAGCAGGCCCUCUCCCGGUGGUCCUGGGAUUCUCAAUAACCGGUGUUGCCGUCUACGCAAUGAUGACCUGCCUUGGAGAGAUGACAACCUGGUUGCCACUUCCUGGAGCAAUACCACAAUAUUGUGCCCGCUAUGUCGAUCCUGCAAUGGGAUUCGCAGUUGGUUGGAAUAUCUGGUACUUAUCCGCACUUGCCAUCUGUGCUGAUAUUUCUGCCGCCGCUGUUUUAAUACAAUUUUGGAACGAUGACAUCAGCCCCGCCGUGUGGAUCAGCAUUCUCAUCGUACUUGUUGUGGCCCUGAACAUCUUUGCAGUUUCUAUCUAUGGUGAAGCGGAGUUCAUCUUUGCGGCCAUAAAGAUUUUGGCAAUUCUUGGUCUCUUGCUUAUGUCUUUCAUUGUGGACCUUGGGGGUAGCCCUACCGGCGAUCGUCUUGGAUUCCGUUACUGGUAUAAUCCUGGACCAGUGAUGAAGGAAGUUGUGGCGACUGGUGAUACUGGACGCUUCUUUGCCAUGUUCUCGACCCUCACGUAUGCAGCAUUCUCUUAUGGUGGUGUCGAAAUGGUUGCAACAGCGGCAGGUGAAGCUGCCGACCCCCGCAAGAAUGUUCCCCGAGCUAUUAAACGGCUCAUCUGGCGGAUUGUGAUAUUCUACGUUCUUGGAUCCCUCGCCAUUAGCGUGCUUGUCCCGAGCGACGACGAGCGGCUGGGUAGCGCCUCACCAUGGGUUAUUGCUGCUCAUAACGCGAACAUUCCCGUUCUCCCUCAUAUUAUAAAUGCAGUCAUCCUGAGCUCGGCGUCUUCCUCUGCCAACGCUUUCGUGUUUGUGGGCUCACGAUACCUCUUUGGCCUUGCUCAGAACAGACAAGCCCCUCGAAUUUUCCUCAAGUGCACCAAAGGUGGAAUUCCAAUCUACGGCAUUGCCUUCACUUCUAUUUGGAGCGGCCUGGCUUAUAUGUCCGUAUCUGCAGGGGCGAAUAAAGCCUUUAAUUAUUUCCUUAGCUUGGGCACUGUUGCUGUGCUCUUCACAUGGGUCAGCAUCAUCAUUGCAUACCUGCGUUUCCGACAAGCCUUGGCGGUCCAAAACGUUGAUCGCAAGACUCUUCAUUACAGGUCGCCAUUCCAACCAUAUGCUGCAUGGUUUGCCCUGUGCUUUUUUUCCGUGAUCAUCUUGUUCAAUGGAUGGGAGGUCUUUACUAAGGGCCGAUGGUCUGCCCAGACGUUCAUCGCAGAUUACGUUGGAAUACCGAUCUACUUUGGUUUAUAUAUAUUCUGGAAAAUCUACAAACGAACAUCUCUCAUCAGGCCAGCAUCCGCGGAUCUCUGGUCUGGCAAAGCGGCACUAGAUGCCGAGGUGUGGCCGACAAGAGUCCCUAGAAACUUUUUGGAACGAAUCUGGUUCUGGAUCGUCUAA